AUGUCUUUCAAGAAGUAUCUUCUUCCAGCCCUUGCGGCUCUUGGAACUGCGUCAGCCGCUUCCUCUUCUUGCAGUGGUACCUCCACCAUCCAGAACAGCGGCGAUGCUGCCACUCUCUCCGCCUGCUCCACCUUCUCUGGAGACAUCGUGGUCGCUACCCAGGCCGCUGGCACCCUUACCAUUCCCGGAAUCCAGGAGAUCACUGGCUCCCUCACUGCCGACAGUGCUGCUCAGCUCAGCGCCCUUGAGGCCGACAGUCUCAAGACAAUUGGCCAGGACUUCAAGUUGAGCAACUUGACCAUUAUUGCCAACCUUAACUUUCCUCAGCUUACCAGCGUCGGCGGCCUUGAGUGGGUUGCUCUCCCUGCCCUCCAAACCCUCAACUUUGCUGCCACUAUCCAGGAGGCCGGCAAUGUCUUGAUCACCGACACCCAGCUCAGCUCCUUGGACGGCAUCAAUCUGCAGAUGGUUGACAACUUUAACAUCAACAACAACCGUUUCUUGAAGUCGAUUGAGGUCCAGCUUGGAAACAUUACGCAGUCCCUCAACAUUGAGGCCAACGGCAUGAACCUUACCGCCUCUUUCCCCAACCUCGAGUGGGCUUACAACAUGACUUUCCGCAACUGCAGUGGCGUCAAGACUCCUUCGCUUGCUACCGUCAAUGGCUCCAUGGGCUUCUACUCCAACUACUUCACCGACUACGCUGCCCCCAACCUGACCUCGACUGGUGGCUCGCUCGUUUUUGUCAGCAACGAGGGUUUGACCAACAUCUCCCUUCCCAUGCUGAAGACCAUCGGCGGUGGCUACCAGAUUGCCAACAACACCAAGCUCUCCCAGAUUGACGGCUUCACCAAGUUGGCUACCGUUGCUGGCGCUAUCGACUUCAGCGGUAACUUUACCAGUGUUGCCUUGCCCGCCCUCAACGACGUUCGCGGUGGUUUCAACAUGCAGUCCUCUGGACAGCUCGACUGCAGCCAAUUUGACAAGGACCACUCGAACCAGGUCAUCAAGGGUACCUACACUUGCAAGGGCCUCCAGGCUCACCCCCAGACCAAGGGUUCUGGCAGCUCCAGCGGCGGUAGCUCCACCUCGAGCGGUACCAGCCCCUCCUCUACUGGCAAGAAGAGCGCUGCCGGUCGCUUUGAGGUCAAUGUUGCCGCUGUCAUGGGUCUUUCCAUGAUUGCCGGUCUUUUGCUCUCGUCGUUCUAA